AUGCAGACCAUGCCCCCGCGCACCUCGCUGACGAGCUCCUUCUCCGUGUCGGAUGCCAACAACGAGGUGGUGUGCCCGUUGACGAACAAUGACGGCUCCAACUGUCGGAAGAGAUGCUUGGGGGAAAAACGGUAUCGCUCGAUGCAAGAGCAUAUCCGCAGGGCUCACCCGAACCACUACAUACCGAAGCUCCCCGCUACCGAGGAGAGCUUCCUGCUGAUGGUCAAUACCCCGCUAGACCAGCGCGCCCAUCUGAACACCCAGCCCACACCCUCACCUGCUAAAAAAUACGAUACGUCGCCUCCUAUCACCCCCCGAACCAUUGACGACGCCCAUCCAGCCGCCGCCACUGCUGCGGUCGCCUUGGCUCAAUUGCAUCACCAUCGCCUGGCUUCCGAUUGGGAUGAAAUGGACACACACUCCGAUAAUGAGUUGGGACGAGAUCGCAUGCAUUCGUCGAUUGAGCUUCCGCCAUUGAGAGACCACUUCAAACAGGAACCUCUCCCACCAUUUCAGUCAUCGCGUCCUCGAGAAUUGCUACCAUCCAUUUUGAGCCAUUCUCCGCCCGGUCGGUCGUCGACUCUGCCCCCUUUACAGCGCAGUAACAGCAAAAUCCAGAGGCCGCGAAAAUCGUCCAUUACACAGAAUGCGCGCAAACCAAAGCAUGAGCGUACGCGAUCAAAAGAAUUCGCACGACGCCCGAGCCUUGGUGAUCGAAAGGCUCUUUCGGCCGAACCACAAACGGCUGCGUGGGUGCAGGGAAAGCGAUGGGAGGAUCUCAUAGAAGCCGCGACGUCGGCGACGGAGGUGGAUGAAGAUCGUGACACGACUCCAAUACCGCAUUCGCCAUCAGUUUCGGCGCUGCUCAACAAUUCAACAUCAAUUUCGUCGGCCAAAAAUCGCAACUCACUACCCCCGUCGCUGCACUCUUCGAGUCUUGCGCCAAUUCGUCGAUCGUUUCAAGGUUCAUCCUACACGGAGUCUCCGUUGCAAAAAUCGCUCACACCACCACCAUUGGAACUACAUCGCAGCAGAGACAGCGACAUGGAGCCAUUUCCGUCCAUUGAGCCAUCCUUGGAGUCUGGUUCCACAGUUUCUGGCAAAACCUUUCACAUGUCAGCCAGCGGACUUCCAUCUUCGGUCAAUUCCGAUUCGAGUCCACUGAACCACCUGCACAACCACGUGCGACCGCAGCAUCGAUUUUCAAACCCGACACCAUCAACAUUCCGACACCGCGAUAUCCAGAUUUAUUGUGCGAACUGCAGUCGUGCCUGGCCACUGCAAGACUGCUACGCCUGUACUGAAUGUAUUUGCGGGGUUUGCCGGGAAUGUGUUGGCAUGUUUAUAAGCAGUCCGCCAAUGUCGCUUUCCCAUCCAAUGAACAGCCCUAUCAAGGCACCGACCAGCUAUCCCGCUCCACGGGGAUGUCCGAAAUGUCGCACAGUCGGAGGGAAAUGGAAAGCUUUCCAAUUGGAGUUUCGGUGA